AUGAUUACGUAUGAACAAAUAUUUGAUCUUUAUCGCAUAACAAAAAAGAGAUUUUCUUAUAACUUAGCGUUACUUUUCCUCAAUUUUAAUGAUAAUAAGCCAGUCGUUUCGGCAGAAAGUUUUACGCUUCAUAAAGUUUCAGAUCACAAAAAAAUAACAAACGACCGUUGUAGCUUGGUGAAACUGGCGAAACCAACUGAACCUACCAUUAUUCUUGAUGACGGGCAAUACCGCUCCAUAUCAGCAACAUUUAUCAAUUUGCCGAUGAAGGAAGAGAUAGCAAAUGCAUUACAAAAAGAUUUUGAUAUAGUAUUAGAAUGGUCGACACGAAACAACUUGCUAGUUUUGUUUCUCGUUACAACAGAUUCUAAAAUGAUUGCCAAAACAAGAGCGCUUACAGCUGCCCUUUUUAAAAAUAUGUCACAAAGGACACAAGCGAAAAAAGAUAGUGGUGGACGUGAUGGUGAUUGUUAUGCUAGCGGUGGUGAUGCUGGUGAUGGUGACAAUGGUGGUGGUGGUGAUGGUGACAAUGGUGGUGGUGGUGAUGGUGACAAUGGUGGUUGUGGUUAUGGUUAUGGUUUUGAAAUUUCGGCUUGA